AUGGACAGCGACCACGGCGGCUACCACGACCCGCAUGACUCGCACGCAGACUCCUCGGACGUGACGGACUCUGAUAACCGGCCCCAGAACCUGCGCAUCAACAAGAUCAAGAAGCCUCUGUUCCGCCGGUUCCAGAGCGAACAGACUGUCACAACAUCUUCGGCAUCGGGCUGGGAUGCAAACGACACAAACGACACAAACGACUCGGAAAACGACUCUGCCACGUCGCCGGCAAAGCACAAACGCCGACCGAGCACACGAGCACAGCUCAAAGCGCCACAGACACAGUCGCAGCCACAGAGCCCCGUGCUCAAAUCCAAACACCAUGGGCCUCAACAUAACUCGCUCCGGGCAGUCAGCAAUGGCACUAAACGACUAGCUUCCCGGUUCCAUCUGGGCAACUUCUCCCUGCGUUCGCCCAAGAUCCAACGCAAACAUUCCUCCUACUUUACAGACAAUGAAGACAGUGACGAUGAACGCCUGGUCUGGGGAGACAGAGACGACACACAGCCACUUAUGUCACAAAGCGAUUAUGGUGGCCAGUUCUCCUACGGGUCGGUGGAAUUCCCAAACCCUCCCACGCUCAAACUGCCUCCUGCAGACCACACAAACCAUGGCAUAGUGCACAAAGCCUCGCAGUUCAUGCAGUCACGUGUGGGAAUUCAGUCCAUGAUGUCAGACACGGGACCCGAGCGCCGCUUCUACGACGACUUCACCACCGUCGACUGGGUCAGAGAUACCAUCAACGACUCUUCUCGUGUCAAGUACAUCCAGUCGAUUCCAGGAUUCCGAGGUCGACUUAUCCGGUCGUUUGACUCCCUGCAAGACUGGAUUCUCAUUUCGGUUGUGGCAGCCUCAUUUGCGCUCAUUGCGUACAGCAUUGAUAGGGUGGAAGAAACGCUGUUUGACUUCAAGUUCGGCUACUGCUCGUCAUCGUGGCUCAGUCCCAGAGGCGAAUGUGAAGGUGAAUGGAUGCUCUGGAGUGAUCUUACAAGCUUUGAGAUUCCUUAUCUGAGUGCUCACCACUUUAAUUUCCUUGUAUACCUCCUGAUCAUGCUGCUUCUGGCCUUCCUGGCUGUCCGACUCACUCUCAGAACCAAGACUUCGUCGCCAAUCUCGCUCAAAGACAACAAACCGAGGGUGUUUUAUACAGCUUACGGCAGUGGAGUGGCUGAGGUGAAGACAAUUCUGUCUGGCUUCGUUAUUCGACGUUUUCUUGGCACUCACACCCUAGUCUACAAGUCUGUAGGUCUAGUUCUAGCCGUGUCCUCGGGCCUCUGCCUCGGAAAGGAAGGUCCUUACGUCCAUCUGGCUACCUGUGUGGGAAACAUUGCUUGCCGUUUGUUCACCAAGUUUUCUCAUAAUGAUCUGCGACGAAGACAGAUUCUGGCGGCUGCAGCGUCCGCAGGUGUGGCUCUUGCCUUUGGGUCUCCUCUCGGUGGAGUUCUCUUUUCGCUCGAGGAGGUGUCCUACAUGUUCAUGCCUGCCCAGCUGUUCCGAGUCUUCUUUUGUGCCAUGACCUCAGCUUUGUUUCUGAAGCUCUUGGAUCCCUAUAAGACUGGAAAGAUUGUCCUUUUCGAGGUCAAGUACACCCAGGACUGGCACUCUCCCGAAAUUUUCGUUUUUGUGAUUCUUGGCAUUUGUGGCGGCAUUUUUGGCGCUCUCUUCUGCAAGUUCAGUGCCUGGUGGCCUCAGAAAGUGCGUGCACCGGGAAAGAUCUUCCACGGACAUCACACAAUCGAGGUUCUUGUUGUGACACUCAUCACCGGCUUGACUUCGUUCUCUAGUCCAUUCACACGUCAAUCAGUGGCUGAGCUUUUGUACCAGCUUGCAUCUCCUUGUGAUCCUGACAACCCCGCUCUCAGCAAGUUGUGUCCCACUUCUAUCAGCGAGAUCCCCGGUGUUGCCAAGGCUCUAUCCUGGGUGCUGGUGCUCAAGAUAUUCCUCACAUGCAUCACCUUCGGUAUCAAGGUUCCAGCGGGCAUUUAUGUUCCUUCCAUGAUCAUUGGAGCGUUGUUUGGCCGAGUUCUGGGGCUUGGAACUCAGCUGCUGUACCACCAAAUGCUGAAUGAGAAGGAGAGCGGCGUUCUCUCAAUAUUUGCGACACCCUUUCUUGGAACUCUCGCCACGUGUCCGGGCGGUGCUCUUCAGUGCAUUACCCCCGGUACAUAUGCUAUGAUUGGUGCCGGAGCGUUCAUGGCAGGUGUUACUCGAAUGAAUGUGACUCUGGCAGUCAUUCUAUUUGAGCUCACUGGUUCAUUGGACUACGUACUGCCGUUCUCUAUUGCCAUUCUAGUGGCCAACUGGGUGGCGAACCUGAUUGAGCCAAAGUCUGUGUACGAGCUGCAGAUCAAGAAGAACGACUACCCGUUCCUGGACAACCGGAAGACUCUUGCCUUUGAUUCCUCGUUGGCCGAUCUAGUGUCUCAUUUCCCUCGAAAGCUGUGUAUUGAAAUGGAUGAGGGAGACGAAGAUGGAAGCGCCAAGGUAACGGUUGGUCAGUUGAAGGAAAUGCUGGCGCAGGUGCAGGUGCGCAACGGAAUUGACGGGUCGAUUCCGCUGGUGCGCAAUGACAAUGUAGUGGGUCUGCUUCCAGCCCUGGAGCUGGAGGUGGCUCUUGAUAGGAUCAGUCAGUGGUACGAGGAGGUUGCGGGCGUGGUUGUUGCUGAAUCGGAGGCUUCUGGGCUUAGAUCUCCCACUUCCACCGAGACUACUGGCCUGAAACUGAGUCUCCCCAUUCCUCCAACCUUUCCUCCUACCACCAUUGUGCCUCCUUCGUCACUGGACUCUAUUGUGUGCACGGUCUCUGUCAAGGAUGUUGACAUUACAAAGUUCCACCACUACUACGUUGGGGUGAAAGCUCGCGAAACGUGCGAGACGGACCCGGAGGAGACGUCCAACUCCAGUUCAUGUGAGGAUGGACUACUGCCUUUUGAGGCCACAGAUCUGACGCAGUUUGUCGACCGUGCCCCUCUGGCUCUGGAUGUCCAUUCUCCCCUGACUUUAGUGCAGAUGAUGUUCUCCAAGCUAGGAGUGAGACAGAUCUGUGUUGUGGAAGACGGUCAAUUUGUGGGAGUUUUGCACAAGAAGAAGUUCAUUGACUUUUGCAACAACCAAGAGAAGUGA